CACGUCAACAAAGUAGCUGCAGAGACGGAUCUCAGCCGGCGACAGCAGCUCUACUGUGGUGAUAGACGACAUUUCCACAAACCAUGGAGACUUUAUACAGUAUACCAUUUUCUGUGCUGGAAUGUCCAAAUAUAAAACUGAAGAAACCGUCAUGGCUGCACAUGCCGUCGGCUAUGACUGUGUAUGCUAUCGUUAUCGUGUCCUACUUUCUCAUCACAGGAGGUAUCAUCUACGAUGUUAUUGUAGAGCCACCAAGUGUGGGUUCAAUGACUGAUGAGCAUGGACACCAGCGACCAGUUGCCUUUUUGGCAUACAGGGUAAAUGGCCAGUACAUUAUGGAGGGUCUGGCCUCCAGUUUCCUGUUUACCAUGGGAGGCCUGGGUUUUAUCAUCCUGGACCGCUCCAAUGCACCAAACAUUCCCAAACUCAACCGCUUCCUGUUGCUCUUCAUCGGUUUCGUCAGCGUCCUCCUCAGCUUCUUCAUGGCCAGAGUGUUCAUGCGCAUGAAGCUGCCAGGAUACCUCAUGGGCUAAAGACACAGACGGCACACUUCAACAAACAGAUUCAGAUGGACAGAUGACAUUAAAUAUAUGGGGGCCCAACAGGAUUUCAGCUAAAAUUAUGGUUAAACCAAACCAGAGAUAUAAUCAACAACCAGGACUGAAAGCACUGAUCUUGCUGAAGAAAUUAGACCCGGCUGCACUGACAGUCUCACACUGGCUGUGUCUCAUUAAUGUUCAACUUUCUUUGCUGUCUUUUCUCCAGUGUUCCAAAGAAAUAGGACAACAGAUCUUGUCUUAACAGACUUCUACUCACAUGGUUAGAUCUAACGCUAAUGCAUGUCUUCUGCCCUCUUCUGGUACAUUAUCAUUACCAAUUUUCUCACGUUUCCUUGACAAAACCAAGAAAUUUCUGAAAGAGGACAGCUAUUUUUCAGUAAACUUCACUUAGAGAAGCUAGACGUACUUAACAGUGGGUCAAAUAUGUCUCAGACACUGGAGAAGAGAACGGAAGGGAAGUUACUGGACACUAUUGGGACUGGAGCCAUUGCUUUGACAUCAAGAUUAGCACUAUGUAAAUGAUGUAGAGGGGGUUCUGAAUAAUGUUUCAGUUGUAUGUUUUGUCAGGAAGUCCUUGAGAAAGCCUUGAACUUGUCACAGUAACAUUUUUGUACGAGGUUGUGAAAUAAAUCUUCCUUUUCAGA